AUGACACCUACUUCAUUGCUUGAGGAAAAGAAUAGGAGUAUUGAGAGCAAUGAUCAAAUGAAGUUCAAAGAAGAAGGUCGGAGUUUCUCAUGUAGAAAUGCAGUGAGAACAGAUUCUGAAAUAAAUCUAUUUAAUCAGAGGGAGCAGUCUAUGGCACUGAACAGUGAAGGCCUUGAGUGCAAAUAUGGUUGUGAUUUGAUGGGAAAUAGGGACUUAUCGCUGGAUGGCCUCGUAGGAAAUAUUUACAAACACCUCCCCUAUUUCCAGGCCUUGAGUGUUCCAGAGGUGCUUCGGCCACUUUAUGAAUCACCAAACAUUAUAGCACAGAAAAUGACUAUUGCAGUGAGCAUUGCGAUAUCAGUUAAAGUGGUGAGAAAGCAUAUGGUCUUGACUGGAAACCAGCUGUUCUACGCACUUUCAGCUAGAGAUUAA